AUGAUCCUCCUGCCCUUCCUCGACCAGCCCUUGCUCCUCCGUGCUUGCGCGCCACGUCAUCCAGCGGCCGUGCGGGCGACUGCGGCAGUCGAGGUGCCCCUCGAGCUCCCGGGCGUGACGCUGGCGGUGCAGGACUCGCGGCUGCCGGGCGCGGGCCAGGGCCUCUUUGUCAGCCUCGCCGACGGUGCCGACUCGGCGACGAUAUCCUCGGGCGAGGUUCUCUGCGGCUACUGUGACGAGAGCACCCUGGUCGACGAGGCGACGGGCGACAAGGCUGUCCCGUUUGCGUUCGGCGAUGCGCAGAAGCUCGUGCUACUCGCAGGCGAGCCACCACACACCCGCGCCAUCGCCGGUUCUGGCGCCUCUUCGCUGCACGGCCACGCGGUGCGGCGGUACGGGCCGGGCGACGCCGGCGUCUCGGUCGUGCCAGACUCGCUCACUCAGCGGAUCCUCGUGCCGCGGCCGGGAGCGCCGCCCGCCUCAGAGCUCGGGCGUGGGUCGCUGGGGCAGUUUGCAAACGACCUCGCCUUUGAGCGCGGCCUGCUGGGCAGGCGCCACGCCGCCCUUGAGUACGAGACCGCCUCCGCGGCCUCAAACUCGCUCUCCCUGGUGUGGGAGCUCACGCUGCUGCCGCCCCGGCGGGGUGGCGGCGACGCCGCGGGUGGCAUGCUCGUGCCGUCGCGCGUGGUGCUCGUCACGAGCCGCGACAUCAGCCUGACUGCGGGCGGCAGCGCGGUCGAGCUCGGCUGCCACUACGGGCUGCAGUACUGGCGGGUGCUGCAGGAGCUCGGCUGGCUGGCGUGA